CGUGCAGUCUGAGGGUUUUCUGGGUUUUGGACGGGGUCGGGCGCGGGGUCGAGGAUAUCCGAACAUGCGACCCGUUUUGUUUUUCGUAGCCGAGUGUGUACAAAUCGUCCAGCUUCUGUCGAGGUUAGCUGUAAAAAUCACCCGCGAUCGAACCGUGUAACAGGUAUUAAUUUUCUUCAAAAAAUUUGCUUCUUCACUCGUCGAAUUUAUUCUUCGAACUAACACGGAAGAUCAUACUAGGAUCACGCUGCUGCGACGGUUUUGUCACCGAUGUAUUCGGCAGCGGAAUUCGCCUCAACUUUGAACAUUUUGAACUCUGUAUCUACAUCCGGUGAUUUACUAAUCAUGAAUUUCGAAUUACCUGGCAUACACAUUGAUCGGCUCGAUUAAUCCACUGGGUGGAAUUCGCGGUCGCGGUCACCCCUCUCUACCCUCGACGAUGGGUGUACAUCGUUACAACUACACCAACGAUAACGAGCAAAUCGACUCGUUGCGAAAUUUUCGCUACAACCAGCCGACUUCGUCGAAGGAAAAUUCCGUCAUGAUCGGCAACUACAGCCACUCAGCCAUCAGUCCACAGGUGAUCAUGGAACCUGGUGGCGUCGUCGAUGUGCUGCAAACUGUCAUCACGCACAUAGCACAUAACUCUACAUCGUUCAGUUACACGCUGGACGCGACCUUAUCUACGACCAUAUUACCGGGCAGGGUGAAUAACUCAUCCGAAGACGGUUACGCAGAAGCAAUGUCGGAUUUUCGGCAUUCUCUACUAGUAACAGUAUUAUUUUGUGUCGCUUAUGUAUUGGUUUUUGUGAUCGGAAUUUUCGGGAAUGUGCUGACCGUAGCUGUCGUUUGGCGACUACCAAGAAUGCGCAGUGUUACCAAUUAUUUUAUCGUUAGUUUGGCUGUAGCGGAUAUACUUGUGCUGGCGUUGUGUUUACCCGGCACCCUAAUGUCCAAUAUAUUUGUUCCUUGGGUACUUGGUAAAGAACUGUGUAAAGCCGUGCCCUAUGUUCAAGGAGUAGCAAUAAAUGCUUCUGUGUAUAGUUUGAUAGCAGUCUCGCAUGACAGAUUUUUGGCCAUCUGCUAUCCGUUAAAAUUCCAAAUGACCACCAGAAUAGCGAGAAUAAUAAUAGCCUGUAUUUGGGUAUACUCACUGAUCGUACCACUACCCUGGCUACUAUUUUUCGAUCUGGUGAAAGUGAUCAAUGAUACCACGAUGUUCUGUCUGGAAGUUUGGCCUGAUUUUUUGAACGGAAACGUUUACUUCUUAAUAAUUAAUGUAGUUUUGGGUUAUUUGAUACCGUUAAUUGUGAUAUCCGUAUGCUAUAUAUUUAUUUACAUUAAAGUAUGGAAAAGGGACAUACCGACUGAUUCGAAAAACGCACAGAUGGAACGUAUGCAACAAAAUUCAAAAAUAAAAGUGAUCAAAAUGUUGCUACUCGUUGUGAUCAUGUUCGUGGCAUCGUGGUUACCAUUGUACGCCAUCUUCACGAGAGUGAAAUUCGGCGGCCAUUUAUCCGACUGGGAGCAAAACCUACUACCGAUUGUAGCACCAAUAGCUCAGUUCCUCGGCAUCGCCAACUCAAGCAUAAAUCCGAUUUUAUACGCGUUUUUCAAUAAUAAAUUCAGAAACGGUUUCUGGACGGUUAUCCAUACGAAACAGUGCUGCACGACGCCUCGUUACUACGAUACCGUCAACAUGGCCAAUUCGUCAUCGGCGAGCUUACGAAAAUCGUCGUACUACACCGUGAGAAACAAAUCGCUGAAUCGACAAACAAGUCAAACCAAACAGCUGGCUUGUAUCAGCGAGGGCCCAAUAGUCGGAGUGUAAAAAACCUAAUCGUACGAAAACAAACUGGUCCUAAAUUCGCUGCGAGUUCAUGUAUAAAAAAUGAACCGUUAACCAAACAAAAUAAUAUCUACCGAUAAAUUCGGUGUUAAAUUGAAAAUCAUCGACGCAUCGAAAAUUCAAUAAACGGGGGUUACAGUGUCGUCAUUAUGAAAUGGCGAUACGCACGCCCUUCGGGAAUCGUUUAUUUUUUUAACCAACAUAUUAAACAAAAAAAAAACCAAUGUUUUCUACUUAUAAAGGUACCACGCCAUCCUAUAUUAUUAAUUUUUAUCUUAUGCCAGAAUUAGAACUGUGAACGAAUAUCGUACGUCUUUCUGAAAUUCCGCGUUCACCUCAUGUAUUACAAAAUAACACCACGACGCGUGAGAAGUAUUUUAUAUCUAUAUACAAAAUAUAUACCUACCUACCUACCUACCUACCUACCUACCCAUAAUAUACGUUUUCAAGCGACUGAAAUCAUCGAAUUCGUAAUUAUGGUCCGACUCGUGUUUGAAAAAAAAUUUGUUUUUCGUCAAUUUCCAUCGAUGCAGGGAUGACUCGUGGAUAGGUAUGUGCAUGAAAGAGAUAGGUACUUAUUACUAUUGUGGUAAAAUUGACGUUAAAAAAGACAUCAACUUCCUAACUUUGUUCAUGUCACAUAAAUCGAGCAAAGAGCAAGGAUUAUUUACCCGUAGGCAGAUUUCGGGGAUCUACACAGGGUGUGUGAGAUGGAACUGAGAAUAUAGGUAGAUGUAUAACUCGUAAAAAGUUUAAUCAUUAAUUUAAAACGUACCCGUAUUAUAGGCCUACACUGCUCGAAUGUAAACAAAAAUUUCAUUUCGCGAAAUGCCUAAUGAAGGUUAGGUAUCUACCUAAUUCAACUUUACGAUUUCAACGCGAUAAUUUUCACGAAUGAUAAUUGCUUAAAUAACCUUUUCGCAGCGUAAUAAUAACCGAGAUAAAAAUGCAAAAUAUGUGGAAAAUUUUUCUCGAAAAGUAGCAUGCGAUGUAGUUUUAUUUACAUCAUUGGAAAUAUACUGUAUCGUGAACGGUGAAAAUUGUCAAGGAUGAUCAACAGAUAGGUAGAUCUAUAGGCACUAUCGCCCAUGAUAGUGAUCAUCAUUGUGAAAAGUGGUUUAAAAAUUUGUUGGGUGGAGGCCCUUCGAGUUGGAAACAUUUUUUGGAAAUUAAAUUGGCUUUCUUGAAGGGAAAGACAGAAAGACCACGACCCGGAAAAUAAUUGUUCAUGACCUUAGCUUCACUUCCAUCUCUAAUUGUCCAAAAGCACCUUGCUACUAACUAAAACUUUGUACACCUGAUCUUUGCUAUGUGCCUGAUUAAAUUGGUUAGGUCUAAUACAUAUAACGUGCUCAGGAAUCAUUUUAUGUAAUAAUUUAUAAGCUAUUGUUAAGUACUACUUACCCAGAGUGAAAGUGGCCUACUACAAAUUUGACAAUGAGUGUGACUGAAUUUCAUCAAAACCCCGUUUAUGAACGUAGGUACUUAUCUCCUCCGUAGAGAGUCGAAGGGCGAACACUUCGUGGAAUGGAAAAAGUAUAAAAUAAUGUCUGAACCUCUGAACAAAAGAAGUGUAAUACAUAUAUAUGUACCUACGUACACUAAAAAAUGAGAAAAAUUUGAAUGUAAGCGUUUUUCCCAAAUUGAAAAAUCAAAGAAGCUAUGCUAAAAGAUUUUUAAAAAAAAAAUAAUUGGCUUAGAAAAUGAUUAAUUUUUUGCUUAGGAUUAAAAUUUAAAAAAUUCAUAAUGUCUGCAUUCGGCGGAUUCUUUUUUUUUUUUUAAUUUUUUUGUCAAUUUUGAGUAUUAAUGACAUUUUAAUUUGCAGUCCUAGACAAAAAUUUGUCAAUGAAAUUUGUUUACAUAUCAAAUUUUUCAACAUACAAGUACUUGCAACCUUUUUUCGACUUUUUUAAAAUUACGUUUUUUUCUAAAACCUCUCUUGCACUUUGUUGUCUGAAUCAAAUUAAUUAAAUCAAAAAUUCAUUGUACUGUAAAUUUAUUGACAGAGGUUACCCCUUCAAUUCUCUCGGUAGGCAACUUAUUCUUACGUUUUGUAGUUUGGCCACUCCCUUAUCAGGCACUCUAUGUGCAGAGCUUUACGUAAAUCAUGCUAACAAAAUAAAAAAAUCACCUCUAUCGUACAAAAUUGUAAAUCAUUGGUUUUUGGUUAAUUUAUUCAUCCAUUUUCGAUCUAAUUUUGAGAGAGUUAAAAUUUCCUGUGUGUUGUCGUUCGUUAAUUAAUUGGUAACAGGGAUGGAAAAAGGGAUCGAUAAAUUUUGAUCAAAAACGAGUUAAUUGUUCAGUAGUUUUCUUUGCUUAAAACUAUUUAUAAUAAAUUGAAGAUUUGAUAGAAUGGGGUCAAGUAUUGAUAGUGACGAACUAUCAAUGAAAUCCAAUGUUAGAGAAGAAUUGUGGCUUUAAAGGAUAAAAAAGUUUUGUUUUCAGAUUUUCUCAAGUUGAAUACUGUUGGUUCUUCUGUAAAAUAUCUGGAAGAAAAUUUAGUGGAAAAAAUUGUAUUUUUUCUGAUGCUUAGGAGAUUUUUUAAAAUGAUUUGUCACAUUUCUCAAUUUUUGACCUUCAAAAUUUCGUUAAACUCUUCUGAUUUUCUUACUGAGUACAUAUGAAGAGUGAUAUUCCAAAACUCGCUUUGUCCAUUUUUAUCAAAGUUGAGUUUUCAGCAGUACCUGGUAGAUGAAGUAUUAACUCACAUUCCUACAUCAUCAACCUACCAAAAUGAGGUGUUAAACUCACCUAAAUAGCCAAUUCACUAAAAAUUUUUGAAAAAAUAAUGUUCCAAAACGAGCUUUGUCCAUUUUUAUUGAAAUUUUUUCCAGCAGUAUUAGUGGAUGAAGUGUAUACCUACACUCCUACAUCAUAAAUCCACCCAAAUAAAGUGCUAAACUCGCCUAAAAAGCCAAUUUACCCGUUUAAAGAGAAACCUGUUUUUCCUCUUUCCUGAAAAGUUGUGAAAAUGGACAAAGCGAGUUUUGGAAUAUCACUCUUCAUAUAUUUUAAAAUUGAGUUUUCGAUCAUUAUCACUGGGCAUAUAAUCAUUCACUAUUUUCAACUACCUAAAUUACUAAUAUAUCUACAUCUCCCCCUUUUUCACCCCUGAAAUCACAAAAUAGAUUUUGGAUGAGAACUGAGAAGAUACGAUGAGCAUAUUAUAUAAAUACGACAGCGAAUGAUAUUUUGACCAAUGAUCCAAUUUACUGCAUAUUCAACGUUUCAGAGCGCUCGAGUUCUUUAAGAUCGUCGUAGAAUAUUUGUAGUGUGGAAAAAAUAUUUGCCUUGAAAAAAAUAUAUAUUGUAAAUGCACCUAAAAAUAGAAUAAUUGAAAAUGAUGAUAAUAACUUACGUUCAAAUUAAUUAAUCAAAAAUGCAAAUUUUCAAAAUUUAAUAAAAAUAAUCGUUUUUGAAUUUUUAAAAAAUAAUGCUCACAAUCAAGAAACAAGAAACCUAUAGAAAAAGUCAUAAUUAAGUACCUAUGGGUAUUGGGUAUAUAUCAAAAAAUAUUUCAUCCACACAGUAACUUUCUCGCAAAAAUACUUACCAGGAAUAAAACCUUUUCAAAAUCUAUCCUGAUUUUGGGAUCUGGUGUAAAAAGAAACUUCAAAAAUUCAAAUUUUAACUUUAGAAUUAAAAUCUGAGUCGUUCGUAAAUUAAUUUUGGAUCGCGUAUAGCUGGACUAUAGGAUUACAGAAAUUAAAUUCCUGGUUCCAAGUUGUGAGCUGAAGUUUUUCAAAUGUCAAGUGUGCUUGGUUCCAAGCUGCAAUCAAGUCUCAAACUACCUAUUAAAAUUUAGAAAGAACUUUACAAUCAAAAAAAAUGUUAUCAUAAUCAAUUUUCAAGCAUACUGUAUUCUAUUACAUUAUUCUUUAAAAUGAAAAAAAAAAACAAAAAAAACAGUAUAGGUAUUUAUUAUAUUGUGACAAAAUGUGCGCUAAAAUAAAAAUGCCAAUGCACUCGUAGUAGGUACAAAUAUUUUACGGUGUAUCGUAAGAAGCACCGAGCUCUCUUAAACUUGGUACAUUAUAUUUAUUGAUUUAUAAGUAAAGUAUCUACCUAUUUUGGAUACAACACGAUAAAAACUUGUUUCACUAUUAUUCAUCAAAAUAAUAACAUCCGCUUUUGGCAUAUUUCUCCCGCACCACUGAGCAAUUUUUUUCAGAGUUCAUUGACUCGAUCGUACAUACAUGUAUUCUACUCAUAAAAAUGAUAAAUAUUUGUACGUACAUACAAACUGCUAGGUCAAUGAUAUGCUAAUAGUCAUAAUGGAUAAGUAAUUUAUGUCAUUUUCAAACGAGACGUGUAGGCCUACAAUACUUUUUUUUCACAAUGAUCAACACUCAUUUCAUAAGUAGGUAUUAUAGUUAUGUACUUGACCAACUUAUUUAGUCGAACGAGUUUCUUCAAAUGAGAUCAAAAUUUUUUGAUAGGUGAACAUGAAAUUCACAAGACAAGCAACUAUUUGAACUAAAUCAAUCAACUGCGAGUAUACAUUUAGUAUUACAUACAUAUUGUUACGAAGAUAGGCAAUCUGAAUAUCGAAUUUUAAGCAAGAUCAAUGUUCAUUUUUUAACACCUUGAAAAUACGAUUUCUUAUUUCAUAUUGUAUGCUGAGUUUAGAAAAUCAAAUUCGAUAGAGGAUUGAUAACUUGCGAGAGGUAGAUACCUAACACCUAUUAUAGGUAAAAAUUAGAAUAAAUUUUGACCAAAACGUAGAGGGAUGACGUUUUCAACAUAUCGCUUGGUAAAUUCUUUUCUCGAUAGCCUUUUCAUUAAUUGAACAUGGAGAAUUUGACAGAUCAUCGUAAAAAUAGAAGCAAAUUUCGAGUUGAAAAAUAAAUAAUCAAAAACUGCCAAGACGUUAUAUGUAUUUCAAUCAUGAUAAAAUGAUUACCAAUGCUUCUAACCAUUGACUUGAUAAGUUACCAAAAAUCGUGUACAUUAAUUAAGAUAGUAACUGCCUAGUUUUUUUUUUUUCGUUAUUCGAAGCCAAUUAUACUUUUAAAAUAAGUUCGUGUCAUCGUAUAUGUUUUUAAAAUUUAAAAAAAAAUGUCCUAAUUCUAUGUUGUUUUUUUUCAAAUCGGUUUAUUUGGAAAAAAAUUACCUAAUGAGGAGUUACAAUCACUUAAAUUCCCAUUAUGUUUCAGUUUUUUUUUCUCAAUGUGUUCUAUAUUGUAUGUUAAUGAAUUUAUGUGUUUCGAAAUUGAAUGUUCUUGUAUCAUAUGAUCUAAGUAAAAUUAACAUUUUUUGCAGGGUGCCCAUAUAACUACCCGAGCCAAUUUCAUUUGAAUGUAUCAUUUUUUUCUUCAAUUUCAAUUGUUCACAUAUCGCAUAAAGUUUUGUAACGAGACAUAUCAAAAAAUAUUUACAUAGGUACCUACUUAUAUCCGAGUAUAUCAUUUUUCAAUUACUUACCUACCUAGUUAUCUGAAUAGGCUGCAUAUAUCAAUGCUUUUCAGAAAAGCAACGUUCAUAUCGUAAACUCACCUACUAUUGUGACAAUUAAAGAACAAACAUACCUACCUAUUCAAAAUCUGAUUAAACAUCACCUACAUAUUUUAAAUUUUCAUUUACGAAUACCUACUACAAAAUUUUAAACUUGGAUUGAAUGACUCCCGCUUCGAGCAUAAAAAUUAUUUCAAUUGCGAUUAAAUAUAGGUAACUACAUAUAUUCUCGUCCAUAUCAUAUGGGUACCCUCUUGAUGAUGAUUUUUUUUUUUGUACAACUACGAGAACUACUUUGAUAAAUUUAUUAAUUUUCUAUUCAUUUUAUUUCAUAAACCUUCUCAUUUAAAACUUUAAUAAAUAAUUGUAUAUCAUUUAAGCGAAAGAGAGGAGAAUAUAAACGUCAAACAGGAGCUGUGAUUGAACAUUUUUAAGAUAAUUAUGAUUGAGACUUAAAUGCUUGUGAUUUCGAAGUGAGGUUUGAAUGAUAAACAGUGUUGCCAUUUUAUUAAUAACAAAUUUUAUAACUUUAAACAUUAUAAUUCUUCCUUUUUUAUAGACUACCUACCAAUUUUCAAACACACCAAAAACUACAUAUAUCAUACCUACCUACUUAAAAGUAUCUCAUAUGACAAAAACAUAAUUGUAUUAUGUACUGUACUACCUAAAUACCUACCUAUACAUAUGUCAUUAGUAAUGUGGUAUACACUGUCUAAUAUUUGUUUAGUUACUCAUGUUUCGUAUUUAUUUUCAAAUAUGAACCGAACCUAUUCAUUUUCUUACGUUUUUAUAGAGAGAAAAAAUUGAAGAAAAAAAACAAAAAAAUUUACCUUUACAUUUUAUUAUUAAUGAUUUAUUUUUUACGUUAUUUUCUUAUUCUGCCUAUUAUACGUGUUUCUUUCUUUUUUUUAACUUUUUGUGUUUCUCCAUUAUUUGAUUUUUUUUAUUUUGACUUGACUUUUUUUAAAAAUAAAAACAAAAGUAUAGCAGCAAAAUGUUUUAAUUAUGUUAACAGCAUGCUUUAUGUUACUAAAAUAUUCGACACACUACGUACGUAUUUAUUGCCUAUUAACUGCGACUUUGCGAAAAUUUAAAUAGAAGAAAAACAGACAGAUUCACCUUGCAAUUUCUAAAUCACCAUUUUACUUAGAAUAUUACCUACUUAAAAUAGUACCUAACUACCUAUUUUGUUUUACAACGUGAAUUUUUUAAAAUGAAAAAUGACUUUUUUGUGGAAUACUAAACCGUAAAUAUCUAUUCAUAGAAUAUUGCUUAUUCUGAACUAGAUACAUAGGGAAAAUUUUACAAAUAGUUUUCGUUGUACUUUCAAAACGCUUUCUAAAAAUUUCAACUUGAGCAUUACUGUCAUAAAAGUUUCAAAAUUUAAAAAUAUAAAAUUGAAAAUAAACCAACUGUAUUUUGAAUUUCUUUCAAGUAAUAACUGCCAUGUAGCAAUAUAAUUUUAUUUUUAAUUAUUACAUUCAUUAAUACGUAAUCAUAUCUUGUAAGUCACCUUUGUUAUAAACGUAAAUCAGUUAAUUGUAAACUUUAAUUCGUUAUAUUAAAGCCGCUUGAAUUUAUUAAUGUGUUAGAGUAAAUAUUACAAUAAUGAGGUGUUUCGUAUACAAUAAUAAAAUAGACAUAAGUACUGUAUGUUUUAUAAAUUUUUAUACUGAAAAUACGAUUAUUUAGGAUCAAUUGCAAAAAAUAAAUGGCUUAUUAUCGAAA